UGCACUUUUUUUCCCUCAAAAAAACUGAGGGGAAAUGUCUGUGCAUCUUACGGAGCGAAUAUGGAGCCAGUAUUCCCCCCCAUCGAUGGCGCUGGCAUCUUUAGGGUGGGCACCCGACUGUGACAGUUUGCAGCUUCACAGCUGGGUGCCCACUAUGGGGAAUCUCUGGUCAUCCCCUGCACUGUGUCCGCAGUCUCUGGUCAUCCCCUGCACUGUGUCCGCAGUCUCUGGUCAUCCCCUGCACUGUGUCCGCAGUCUCUGGUCAUCCCCUGCACUGUGUCCGCAGUCUCUGGUCAUCCCCUGCACUGUCUCCGCAGUCUCUGGUCAUCCCCUGCACUGUGUCCGCAGUCUCUGGUCAUCCCCUGCACUGUGUCCGCAGUCUCUGGUCAUCCCCUGCACUGUGUCCGCAGUCUCUGGUCAUCCCCUGCACUGUCUCCGCAGUCUCUGGUCAUCUCCUGUACUAUGUCCGCAGUCUCUGGUCAUCUCCUGCACUGUGUCCGCAGUCUCUGGUCAUCUCCUGCACUGUGUCCGCAGUCUCUGGUCAUCAUCUCCUGUACUGUGUCCGCAGUCUCUGGUCAUCAUCUCCUGUACUGUGUCCGCAGUCUCUGGUCAUCAUCUCCUG